CGCGCCUCCUUGAAAGCAUGCAGUUUCAGUUCUCAGAUUUCUUUUUACUCGUACUUUAACCAAAAUCGAGGAUGAGCCUGCGCCGAUUUGCCCAGGCUAACAAUGCAGCAAAUACCCCAGGGUCACCACACUCUCCGUCGCCCAGGCUGAACGGUGGAACUCAGACUCCAGUCACGCCUCGCACACGCGUGUCGUAUGUUUAUUCUCCAUCUGCGACCCCUUCCAUAUCUUCCUCUACGCCAUUCGACUGGGAUGCUGCACGUUCAAGGAGACCACCCCCCUAUGCUUCGCCUCUUAGCGCAAAGCGUAAAUCUCGCAUGAGCACCAUCCCGGACGGGCUCAGGCCACUGCCAAAGAAGGUUGUGAAAAAGAAAGGCGUGUUUGAGAGAAUCACAGCGUUGCCUUCACAGAUUAUGUUCGAGAUUUCACUAUUUCCUCACAACCUACCCAUGCCGGCUCCAAGAACAACCGGAUGGCUCAUAGGCUCUAGCAUGCAUCUGCUGCACCUUUGUCUGCGUGUAUCGCAGAUACGCGCCACGGCUGAUUCAGACAUCGGCUGGGAAGACUUGUACUGGGAACGUAGUCAACAAAGCUGGUUUGACUGGACUGUUCCGAUGACGGGCGUUCUGUUGGUUGCUUCAACGUUGAAUGCAAUGCACCUGUUCACGCAAAGCAAAACAUAUCGCCUCCAUCGUCGAACCAAGGCAGACCCCGUAUCCUCGCCACAUACCACGUUUGUAACCUCUCCCGCACGUGUGCGACCCCUUUCUUCUGAUGAGCCUUCCCCGGUCGCCUCCUUCAAAACGCGCAUCCUGCGCGUGAUAAAAGUCGUCAUACUUUUCCUAUGGAAUUGUUUCAUCUCCUUUUGGAAAUUCCUGCUUGGUAUUUCCACUGCCACGCCUUCGUCGUCUUCACCUGCCCGAGGUGCACCCGCAGAUCAGGUUCAACAGCUUGAGGUCUGGACUCCAGGAGAGCUUGAGCGCGUGCUUCUCACGGUGUAUUCUCCUAUCCAUGCUCUUAUUUGGAUGUCUACGGGUCCUACGAAUUGGAUACUUAUGACUGCUGUGAUGGGUGCCGUGGGCGUGCAAACCAGUCUUCUCGUACAGGCUUAUGAGGGUCUUGUGAAAGACCGUGGUAUUCUUGCAGCUGAGGUCAUGCAUGAGUAUAACGAAGGGUUCGUGUAUCCGCGAAUGAAUACUGUGAAGAAAGACGUCUCUGUCAUGACGCAUCAAUCAGAGAUGAUAAACAUCUGGGAAGACUAGUGAUCAUCCUAGAAAUAGCUACAUCAUCCAUGAGAAAGUAUACCCUCACGCUAAUAUCAUGCCUGUGUGUAGAUUGGACUAUCAUCAGUGCAUUCACCCUCAUAUCAUAUAUGGACCCUUGGUGCCCGAAGCUUGAUAUACAUAUCGAUCUGCGUAUUUUAUUCGUGACAGUUCUGAAUCAUCUCGAGCUCGUACUACCUAGAUCUCGCGUAUUAUUCACCUACGUCACUCACAAUUCCAUUCUUUGAGCUCGUCGACCAUCCUCCAUAUCUUCGUACAUCGCUCUUAAAACUACUCAAUCGCUUUGUCAAAGUCCCAGUGUCAAAGACAUGAUGUUCACGUCAUGAGGAUGAAAGUAGCAGGUGGGAGUGGGGAUGGCACAGUGAGAUUGUGGGACGUUGACAAGGGCAAGUGUGCCAGAACGCAUGCUGUUGUGGGGGGUCGUCGAUGGGU